CCAAGGAUACCAGGCAUCAGCACCUCGUAUUGCUUACAUGGUACUUACCAUACAAACACCCCCUCAACUGCGCCUUGAGACUGGCAGUCUUUUUGCGACUCAAUGAAAAUGGUUCUGGGUUUGCCAUGGACUCAUGGAACAGUGAGGUAGCUCGCGAUCUAUAUGCACCGCUUCAGGGCGUGCUGCCGAUCCGGCUUUUAGAGAUCUCACCUGGAUCAGCAUCUGAGUCUCUACAUUGUCGUCUCAUUCCAACCACCAUUGAAGCAGCACAGGGGCAAUUCGAAGCCACAUCGUAUACCUGGGGCAGCCCCGUAGACCCAUGCACAAUAGAUUGUAACGGAUACCCAUUGAAAAUUCAGCAGAAUGCAUACUACAUGCUUAUGCAUCUUAGGCAGCGAGAUCAGCUCCGUACUGUCUGGAUUGACGCUAUCUGCAUCAACCAAGGCGAUAUACCUGAGAGAUCUAGCCAAGUCAGCGCGAUGCACCUCGUAUAUUCGUUUGCGAAGUCUGUGGUGAUCUGGUUAGGUCCCUCGGAUGAGUCUAGUAGGAUUGCUAUGAGAUUCGCAGCCAGACUUGAUGCGCCAAAAUUCCAACGUGAAUAUGAACAUCAUAAUAGGACAUCACUAGAGAUCGUGGAGGAGAUCCCACGCAAAACUUACAUAUUCGACCCCGAAGCCAAUCCUGACAUUGGCCUUUCGCGGGAAAUUAUUACGUCUUCGGUGAAUUUUAUAUCGCGGCCUUGGUUCGGGCGGGUAUGGGUUCUGCAAGAAGCUGCCGGAUGUAGGGAAACACAAGUUCAGUGUGGCAAGGACGAGAUUGAAUGGAAUCAGCUAUUCUCCCUUGCCUGGAUCAUGAGGUCAGAGAGCCCUGGACGGUUACCGCCAUAUUUGCCAGACACGUUUCCAAUCGUCCAAAGGAAAGCGUUUGCAAUCCUCAAAAUGCAUGACAUCCGGUCCUAUCGCUUCCCUCCCAGUGAAAGGGUUAGUCAUUUUCGGAAGGAUUUCAGUACGAUAUUAAGCAGUGCCCAUCUGCAUGAAGCCACAGAUCCCCGUGACAAAAUCUAUAGCGCAAUGAAUUUGAGCAUCGCUAGAGACAGAAUUAUGGAUACGAAACUCUUCUUCCAUCGAGAAGAGCACUCAGGUGUUACAGGGUAUGCCAAUUGGGGUCUCAAAGUUGAUUACACUAUCCCAUGGGAAAUAUUAUAUGCUGAGGUUUCACUUGAGCUUUAUAAGAGAGGGUAUGUUUCAUUUGUUGCCGACUCGGGAAGAAACAGGCAGCCAGCUGGCUGGGAAUUACCAUCUUGGAUGGUCGACUUCCGCGAGCAGCCAAGUAACACUGAGAUUGCGGAGAGCGCCGACUGGAAAGCUGGAGGCCGCUGCCGUAGCCCAAACCCCAUACCGAACGCUCGAAAUGCCGUCAAGUUCGGGUUCUUGCCCAAGGCUCACAGACGAGUCAUUGAUGUGUCGCACAUGUCAAAGGAGUUCAAAACAUGUAAAAAGAGCUUGAUGAGAUGUCUCGAUAGUUUCAUUGGUCUUCAAAGUCUCAUGCGCGAUGAGAUUGUCUGGACUGGCGAAGUAUCUAGUGAUAUCAAAGAGUCUGAUCCAAGGAGCAACAAAGAAAGCAAGAGUCAAUGCAUCCUGAGGUUUAUAAGCCAAGAGUCCGAUCAGGCGAUGAGCGCCCCCACGAGAAUAAAAGGUCACUACAUGACUGGCGAACCGGUCCUCUCUGCGUAUAAAAUGGCCAUCAUACUCGGUAUGGACCACAUGUCAGAUCGCGUCGAUGAAGAAUUUGUACGGGGGAAUUGGGAUGCUUUCAUAUCCUGGCUGAAAUUGCCGGCCACCGACGAGGACAAUGAAACAACCACGGAACAAUCUCUUCCCCCUUAUGAACUCGCGUCAGCUGCAUCCUCGGUGUGGUUCGAUACUCGUUUUGCCAUCACAACCCAUGGGUACUUUUGUCUGGUACCUGCACUGACGCGUCCCGGCGAUACGGUAGUUAUCAUUCGCGGCCACCAUCUACCAUUAGUCUUGCGACCAUAUGUGUCGCCAAAUCGAAAAAUACCGAUUGUCACAGAAUACUUCGAAUCGAUCGGUAGUGCGUAUGUGCAUGGGAUGAUGGACAAUGAAGCGAAAUGUAUCGUGGAUGAAUUUGGAUACAAGGAGAAUAUGACGGAUGUGCGGCGACAGAAACUGGAAGACGCGAGGGCAAUGGAAGGAGAUGUCUGGGGUGAGCUUGGAUUCGGUGAUUAUAGUGCUGUACUGGAGACAAUUGGACCUUCGUGGGUCAAUAUUGUUUGA